CUUCCUGCCACCCCCUGCCUCUCCGCAGAAGAGCCCGAUCCCGGGCCCAGUGAGGACACCAGCCAAGGGGAAGUGUGCUCAGAGGAGCACCCCCUGCCCUCACCUCCCUGUCCACACCCUCAGGCUCCCCGCCCCGGCACCUGGGAGGAGAGGAGGCGGGGUGAGCCCUGCGUCUGCACAAAAGGUGCUGGGGGCCAGUGGCUCAGAUCUGCAGAGAAGGACAACAGUGAGUGAGCACCAAGGGGGGCGUGAAGGAAGGCGGGUAGGGCCAUGGGCUGGGCUCUCCACCCACCAUGUCUGCACCCCCAGGAAGCAUGGCUGCCUGCCCCGUGCUGGGUCUUGCUGCUCUCCUCUGCCUCUCUGUGCCCCAGGCCAGCUCCAUGGUGCAGUAUCGACAGCUGGUGCGGGUGAUGCUUCUGGAACCCCAAGGCAGGGACUGCUCUCACAUCUGGGUGGAGAGCCCCAGAGCCCCCAGUGGUGUGUACACCAUCCAGCCGGAGGGAGCCAGCACGCCCUUCAAGGUUCUCUGUGACAUGCGCACGGACGGUGGCUGGACUGUGAUUCAGAGCCGAGACCGGAGCAGGAGGAGACCUCUGGACUUUGAGAGGUGCUGGCAGGAGUACAAACAGGGCUUCGGAGACCUGACAGGUGACCACUGGCUGGGCCUGGAGCACAUCUCCGGCCUGACCUCCCAGCCGGGCCUGCGCGCGGAGCUGCUGGUGGAUCUCCUGGACACGGACAACCACACACUCGAGGCCCACUAUGAUAACUUCCACGUGGACAAGGAGGACCAGUUUUACCAGCUGACCCUUGGCCGGUACUCGGGGAAUGCAGGGGACGCGUUCAGGGGCUUGGGCCACACGGACAACCAGGAGGGCUGUGGCUUCAGCACGCUGGACCGCGACCACGACCGCUGCUCGCCUUGCGUGGAUGGCGCCCGGACCUUCGCCAGCUGCAGCCACGAUCUCUCGGGUGCCGGAUGGUGGUACAGCGACUGCGGCCGUGCCGACCUCAACGGGCCGUGGCCGGAGCACGCGGGGGCCGCCUCGGGCAUGCGCUGGGCCGCCGGCAACCAGCAGCCCGCUCUGCGUGCCAGCAUGCUGCGCGUGCGCACCUCUGGUACCAGCAAGGCCUAGGCCCCCGCCCACCUGUGGCCGAGCCUCAUUAAAUGUUCAAGCCCGGCUGUCCGCUGUGUCUUCUUU